AUGACCCGCCAGAGCCUGUGGGACGUGUCCGAGGCCAACGUCGAAGACGGAGAGAUCCGCAUCAACGUAGGAGGCUUCAAGAGGCGGCUGCGCUCGCACACCCUGCUGCGCUUCCCUGAGACGCGCCUGGGCCGCCUGCUACUCUGCCACUCGCGCGAGGCCAUUCUGGAGCUCUGCGAUGACUACGACGAUGUCCAGCGUGAGUUCUAUUUUGACCGCAACCCCGAGCUCUUCCCCUAUGUGCUGCAUUUCUACCACACCGGCAAGCUUCACGUCAUGGCGGAGUUGUGCGUCUUCUCCUUCAGCCAGGAGAUCGAGUACUGGGGCAUAAACGAGUUCUUCAUCGACUCCUGCUGUAGCUACAGCUAUCAUGGCCGCAAAGUGGAGCCCGAGCAGGAGAAGUGGGACGAGCAGAGCGACCAGGAGAGCACCACGUCCUCCUUCGAUGAGAUCCUGGCGUUCUACAACGACGCCUCCAAGUUCGAUGGGCAGCCGCUGGGCAACUUCCGCAGGCAGCUGUGGCUGGCGCUGGACAACCCUGGCUACUCGGUCUUGAGCCGGGUCUUCAGCAUCUUGUCCAUCCUGGUGGUGUUGGGGUCCAUCACCACCAUGUGCCUGAAUAGCCUGCCGGACUUCCAAAUACCUGACAGCCAGGGCAACCCGGGGGAGGACCCCAGGUUCGAAAUUGUGGAGCACUUUGGUAUCGCCUGGUUCACAUUUGAGCUGGUGGCCAGGUUUGCUGUGGCCCCUGACUUCCUCAAGUUUUUCAAGAAUGCCCUAAACCUUAUUGACCUCAUGUCCAUCGUCCCCUUUUACAUCACUCUGGUGGUGAAUCUGGUGGUGGAGAGCACACCUACCUUGGCCAACUUGGGCCGGGUGGCCCAGGUGCUGAGGCUGAUGCGGAUUUUCCGCAUCUUAAAGCUGGCUAGACACUCCACUGGCCUCCGCUCCCUGGGGGCCACCCUGAAAUACAGCUACAAGGAAGUAGGGCUGCUUUUGCUCUAUCUCUCUGUGGGGAUUUCCAUCUUCUCUGUCGUGGCCUACACCAUUGAAAAGGAGGAGAACGAGGGCCUGGCCACCAUCCCCGCCUGCUGGUGGUGGGCCACCGUCAGUAUGACCACUGUGGGAUAUGGGGAUGUGGUCCCAGGAACUACGGCAGGGAAGCUGACCGCCUCCGCCUGCAUCCUGGCCGGUAUCCUGGUGGUGGUACUGCCCAUCACCUUGAUCUUCAAUAAGUUCUCCCACUUUUACCGGCGCCAAAAGCAACUGGAGAGUGCCAUGCGCAGCUGUGACUUUGGAGAUGGAAUGAAGGAAGUCCCUUCCGUCAAUUUAAGGGACUACUAUGCCCAUAAAGUUAAAUCCCUCAUGGCAAGCCUGACGAACAUGAGCAGGAGCUCACCAAGUGAACUAAGUUUAAAUGAUUCCCUACAUUAG